CAUAUGUCAAUUUGGUACCGCGAGAAGCUAGUUAGAAAACAGCAAAGAUGUAACGAUGUUACGGUGUAUAUGGCUUUCAUCCGAAUUUUGCCAUCCUCGGUAGACUGCCACGGAUGGCUUAUGUCGGGAGAAGGGCUGCCACGGAUGGGGCGAGAUAUCCGCGAGGCUCAGGACAUGUAGCGAAUAUCUUGAUAUGCUUUGGCUCUAGUGCUGUGAAAGCCAAGCUGCUUCCAAAAGUCUGGUUUGAUACUCCUGCAUCGACUGUCGUAUGGAUUGAUAUGCUUCAGCAUUCUAGUCACCAUAGACCCGGGAUGAAUGCCGUUAAGAGAUGCUAGUGACCGGGAUGGCUGUUAUGGAGUAUCUUCAGAAAGUCGCACAGUAGG